UCAAGAAGCAUUCUUGAUCUCACUUGCAGGUGAUUUCCAACACUGGUAACUUCACUUAGACAAAGAGGCUCUGUAUUAUCCCCCUGAGUUUCUAGGAUAAUCAUACAUUCUUGGUUCCGCUUUAUAUAUAGACCUCUGCAAUCCUCACGUUCCUCUGUAGCCUUACCUCUCUCUCUCUCUCUCUCUCUCUCCUCUUCCCUUUUUUCCCUCGCCAUUCGAAUUGGCACUGGAUACAGAACAGAGUACCAGUACGCAAUACGCAGGGGAGGCUCUCGCAUUGUAAAAGCGAUCGCUUAAUAAUAUCAAGAAUCGUACUUUUUCGAAAACGGCCCUUCGCAAAAAGAGAGCUCGCUCGCUCGCUCGCUCGUUCGCUCGUGUUGGGCACACAAAAGAAGAGAGCUCCCCCACAAAAAGUACCCGAAACCAGCACCAGCACCAGCACCAGCACCACCUUUAUUUUCUGUUUCGCACAUCGCAUCUCUCGCUUCUCUCUUUUUCGCUCCCCCGCAGACGGCCGGCAAAGCUUCUUCUUCCCCUCCCCCAUCGCUCUCGCGGCUCUUUCCCCACGUGAUGAACACGCCGUCGUCGUUGCCGGAGAUGCUCCACUGCGCGGACAUGACGGUCCUCGAGCGGCAGCGCGCUCGCGUGAAGUGGCAGCAGGACCCGCUCCAGCUUCAUGCGCAGAGCGAGGGGCAGAGGUAUUACUACGGCGGUGGGGGCGAGCUGAACGGCGCGUUUGGCUUGGGGCAGAGCAUUGAGAGCUUGUUGGGCGGCGGCGGCGGCGGGGUGGUGUUCGGGGAUGUGCCGAACCACCAGAUUAAGCCCGACCCGGGUGUGGAAAGCGGGUGGCUGAGCAGCUUCGACUUGUCUGGCUUGGCCUAUGGGGCGUGUGGGUUCGGUGGUGGGACUGGGUUGGAUGCGAAUUUCGCCAUCAACAGGACUUUGAGCUGCCCUCCGGCGGUGGUUGCCGCCGCGGUCUCGCCGGCGGCGACGCCGGCGGUGACGGUGGAGAAAGGUAAAGAGUCAGCGGUUUCGGAGAAGAUGACCCAAGCUGGGCGAGAGAGUUCCAAGAAGAGGAAAACGGAUAAAGUGCACAACACAAAGAUUGAAGAUGAUUCCAAAGGAAAAAGGAUCAAAGGGUGCCCUGAAGAGGGAGAGUCAAAGAUCAUGGUGCAGAGCAACAGCAACAACAACAAAGAAGCAUCUGCAAGCACUUCAAAGGAAAACUCAAAGGUGUCCGACGUCCCAAAGCCCGAUUAUAUCCACGUCCGAGCACGUCGUGGUCAAGCCACAGAUAGCCACAGCUUAGCCGAAAGAGUGAGGAGGGAAAAGAUCAGCGAGAGAAUGAAGUUCCUUCAAGAUUUAGUCCCUGGGUGUAACAAGAUAACCGGGAAGGCCGGAAUGCUUGAUGAGAUAAUUAACUAUGUCCAAUCCCUGCAAAGACAAGUAGAGUUCUUGUCCAUGAAACUGGCUGCUGUCAAUCCAAGACUUGACCUUGACCUUGACAACAUUUUCGCGAAAGAGAUGAAUCCUGCGUGCACAGCAAGCUUUCCAACAAUUGACAUGUUGUCGGAUAUAACAAAUCCAGCCUACCUUCCUUUUAGUCCAACACAAACGGUAGCGUCAUGCUCUGGCAUGGAAAUAGGAAUCAAUCCUGACUCGGGGCUCCGAAGGACGAUAAGCGCCCCCCUGUCGAUCCCUGACACGUUUGUCGACUCAUCCUGCUUCAGUCAAUCACAGCAACCCUUGACAUGGGAUCUUGGUUUGCAGAAUCUUUACAACAUGGAGUUCCACCAAGGAAAAGCAAUGGCCUUUCCAUGUCAACAGUUCACAGGUUCAGUUGAGGGCGGCAAUCUGAAGAUGGAGAUGUGAACCAAUAUCUCAUUGUCAUAACUCCUAUGAAUUCAUUCCAAAUUGCUGGAAUCCAUUUUUUUUUUCUCCUGUCUAUGUAUAGAAAGAUAUAUUUGUACGUACAUUUACGCUGAUAGUAUGAAUAAUAGUAGUCUCAACCUUUCCUUGCC